UUAUUGGUGUAUUACUUUACUGUAAUUACCAGUUCAACAACCUUUCAACGAUUGGGUUUAGUCAUGUCUAUCAGGUUUCUCACUCAGUAUUGCCUUUUUGAUGUGAAUACUUACUUUUUUGUUUGUGGAUAUAUUUUUUUGUCUUUUUUAGGAAGAGUGAACAUGCUCACUCAACAGGCCAUGGGUUGGAACAGAAGGAAGAGGGACAACCUUCAUCAAGUCUUAGCCCACAGAUAUGUCAAAUCAGAUGGUGUCAUGGAAUGUUUCAACUGUUCUUCUGACGAUCACAGAGAGGGCAAAGGUGGAAGCUGCCAGCUUCAGCGACUUCAAAAAGGAGCACAACCUUGAUCAGGAGACCAUACAGCAGUGGGUGAUGUGAGUGUAUGAUGUCAGGCAAUGGGCAGUCACAGGUAAGACAUACCACAGGUUUUCCAUAUAUACAUCUGUUAAUUACUAGAGAGUACGCCCCAGGGUGUACUGAAGGACUGAGGGUGGAUAUUGAGAACAUCACCGUCACUCUUUUGCGCAGGAAGCAAGAUCUGUAUCGUCAGCAUGACAGCAACCAGGCAAGGCAAAGGAAGAGGAAGAGAAUGAGAGAGCUGAAGAAGAAGCUUCGCGAAAAAGUUGUGCAAUACAACACCGGAGUGCAGGAAGAACAGAUUGACGAGGAGUUGGCUUGCAGUCUGACAGAGGGCUACAUCUUACCAUGGGAGAUGCAUGCAAACGGCAACACCUUCAGGUUGAAGAGGUCUGUCUUUGACCAGGUAAUGCUGGUCAGACGUUUGGAGGAGGAGCAGAGCAUCCUGGUGAAAGAGAUGUCGCAGCACAUCAUGUUCCUUCUGAAGGAAGUGCAAGAAGUGGAAGCACUCAGAGAACAGACUUUGGAGGGCAUCAAAACCAGCAAUGUCGGUGACCUGACAGAGGAUGCUGCACAUGGGCUCCAGAGUGUCCUCAGUCGGAGGUGGCACUUCCUCAAAAGCCAACACAAACAGGCUGUACAUGCGUACAGCGGUGUAGCCGCUUUGGAAUGCCAUGAUCUUCAAUUACAGCAGGACACUUAUAUGAUUCUGUUUUCUUCAAGUUUGUAUCUUCCUGGUCGAAUGCACUUAUUGUAAGUCGCUUUGGAUAAAAGCGUCAGCUAAAUGCAAUGUAAUGUAAGGUAACAUUAUAAAACACUAUAUAUGAGAACGAUAUGAAACUAUGCACUUGUUUCGCCCGAGUUCAUAGUAAUGUGAAAAUGUGUUUAUAUUUUGUACUUCCGUUUAUUUAAAGCGCUUUGACUUGCUGAUGUGUAUGAAAAUAAAUUGCCUUGCCUUUAUAUU